GUGGAGACGGAUCAUGGCUGUGUGUGCAUCCGCGGUAUCAAGCAGGGUGCUGUCCCGUAUCCUUUCGAGGUUUAUGUGAAGGGCAAGGACUGUCCACGAUCCAAGCGGGCCUCACAGGCCCUGUGCAUGUCGCUGCUUCAGGCUGACCACGAUGCCGGCCGACCCAACCCAAAAGCCCUGCUGCUGCUGGAUGGCGACUGCCGUGUGGAGCCGGAGCACGUGGGAAAGAUGUACAGGUGCAUGCAGGAUCAGCAUUUGGCAGCCUGCGGCCCCUUCCUCCUGACCAAGAAGUCGUACAAUUUUUGCCUCCUGGUGCAGCUGAUGCGGGACUGGUUCUCGCAGCGGAUGCUCUGGUUGGGCCAGAGUGCUAUUCGCUUCCAACUCCCGCUGAACGGCUCCUGCGCGAUGUAUGCCAUGGACACUGUGCGAGCUGUUCAGACAGACUUCUGCCGUGGAGUCUAUGAGGACUCGAUUCUCGAUUCCAUGAUGAUUGAAAUGGGAGAAGACAGCUUCAUGACAAACCUCGUCCACGAGAAGUACCAGAACGGCGGUGGCAUUCGGUUCUUGCCUCACUGUUGGGCCACAUCCUUCAUGCCGGAGACCUGGGGCGAGUACCUCGCGCAACAGUGCCGGUGGAAGCGCUCGCACAUGGGAAAUCGUGUGACCAUGCUCUUCAACAAGCCCAAUGCCUGGCUUUGGAAGCCGACCCGCUGGGUGUUCUGGCCCGUCUACGUCGCUUCCUUCCUUUGGACACCGUUCCUGGCCCCGGCGACGCUGACGCUGUGGUUCUCAUUUCUGACGGGCCGCUUCCUGGAGCGAUUCUUCGAGAUUGAGGAAAUGACCUGCUCUCCUUUCCCCUGGAGCUCCCUGGGGACCCCAGCGCGCCAGAGCCUCCCGGCCUUGAUCCACUCUCUGCUUUGGGUCGUCCUCACUUUCUACGCCUUGGCCUCCGCGGGCUGCUCCGUCGCUCAAAGGCGGUGGCUUCACACCGCAGGGACGGCCUUCUUCAUGCUCCUGGGAGCCUUGCAGAUGGCAGUGCUCCUGGCGGGCUACGGCGCCUGGAAGAAUCCUUUCUUCUGGGGCUCCACCCUCGGUGUUUGCGCGCUGAUGAUGGCAGCGCAAGCCCCGCAUGGCCUGCGAAGGAUGUGGGCUGGACUGCUGAUAUUCGUGGUGCCCCUCACUACCUUCAUUGAGAAUCUGCAGCAGCCGAUUGUGGCUGUGGCCAACGCUGACGGCUUGGGGGCCAAAUGGGGAACGCGCGGCAAGGCUUCGAAGAGCUCGCAGCGGCGGUGCUUCUGCAUCAGUCAGAAGAUGGAGUCUGAGACAGGUGAGGAGUGCCAAAAGCAGUACGCCAGAGAGAUUCGCUUGUGGAGCCGACGGAUUUUGCUGCCGCUCUGGCUGGCGGCGAACUAUGGGCUCGGUGAGUGGGUUUUCCAGAUGGACUUCGUGGAUGCCGUGGCCAUCACCUUGUCCCUGCGGGCCGGCUUUUAG